UGGCCGCUGUCCUGGAUGACAGCUAUCCGGCGCCGAAACAUCGAUAGACAGUCAGACGAAAGAGCCAUGGCGGCCACGGGUGGAGGGAAAAUCAGAAGCAGGAGAUAUCACAUCGCUUCUAAACCUUACGCCAAGAGUAAACAGCAGUCAGGCCUCAUCAGUCGAGUGACGGACACAGUGAAGAGCAUCGUUCCUUCCUGGCUGCAGAAAUACUUCAAGAAUGGAGACACUCCUGCAGGACAGACGGGACAAGGGACGGAGCAGAACUGCCAACCAUCACCUCCUCCUCCAGCUCCUCCUAAUGGUAAUGAAGAGGGACCUCCUCCCAUUGAUGGGCGCGACUCCCCAGAGCCAAGCACCAGUAAUACAGAACCCUCGACCAGCCGAGCAUCCCUGAACUUUCAGGAGUAUGUGCUUUCUCGGCCUCCGCUGAGUCGUUCUCACCUCCACUUUACCUCGCUGGAUGCUUCCUCCCCUACAAUGGGGGCCUCCAGCAGCCUCUUCUCUCCGCCCUCCACUUCUUCAGCCCCUGGCCCCUUCUCCACAGGCUUCUCUUUGGUCAAAGAAAUCAAGGACAACCUCUCGCAACAUGAAGACGAUAACAUCUCCACCACGAGUGGGUUCUCCUCCCGUGCAUCCGACAAGGAUGUCCCAACUUCAAAAACCGCAUCACUUCCUCAGCUUUGGUCCCCAGAGAUGGACAGGACAAACUCUGGACCUCAGCCGUCUCAGUCCAGUCUCAAAAAGCCUUCUUUCAACCUGUCUGUGUUUGGAAACUCCUCCAAUUCGACGUUAAACAGCACACUGCUGAACUCUAGCCAGCUCGGAGAUUCACCUUUCUACCCUGGGAAAACCACGUACGGAGGAGCAGCUGCAGUCAGGAGCUCCCGCGGUCGUCCUGGCACUCCUUAUCAGGCGCCGGUGAGAAGGCAGAUCAAGGCCAAGCCCGCCGGCGCUCAGCCCUGCGGCGUGACCAGCGCCACCGCCAGGCGCAUCCUGCAGUCUUUGGAGCGCAUGUCGAGCCCACUGGCUGAUGCAAAGAGAAUCCCAGCACCCGCAGCAGGCUCGCCCAGUCGUUCUCCAUCGAUGGACGUCUUCAACCAAGAUGGUCCCCGUCACCAGGCGAAGAAGAAACGGAUGGACUCAAACCUCCCUCCAGUGCAGAAACUCGUGGUUCCAGCUGCAGCUUCUGUUUCAGGAAAUCGAUCCGUGUCUUUCAGGCCGACUUUGACGCCUGGAGGACUCACCCGAGCCCUGGACAGGACGCCAAGGGAAAAGACGCCCACAAGACAAUCACCACAGCUACCUGAAGCAACCCCAGGUCCAUCUCGAAGGAGUUUCAGUGACCCGGUCUACCCUCUGUCCAGCACCCCUGCAGCCAGCAGCCUGAGCUCUGGAGGGGGCAAAAUCAGGAGAGAAAGGACCACAGCACGACCUUCCUCCAAACACACUGAAGAAGAUGAGGUGGCUGAAGCUCCGGUCCUUCCAAGCAUUUCACUACCAAUCAACAAAUCAUCUUUGCCUACGUUCAGCUUCUCUCCAUCUUUACCACCUGCCACCUCUGUCAGCUCGGCCCCCAGCUUCACAUCCACUACCCCUGCGAAGGAGACGCUCACAAACAAGGAUCCACCAAAGGCCUCCACACCGCCCUGUGCACCUUUCACAUUUUCCUCUCCUAUUGUCAAGGCAACUGCAGCCAGCCCACCUUCUUACUCCCCUGCUGUUGGUUUCACCUUCAGUGCACCUGUAGCAAAGCUGGCGCCGUCCAUGUCAAACGGAAAGCUGACGGCGCCCACAGCAACAGCUGUGAAACCUAUAGCAAGCAAGAGCACAGAGGAAUUUGAAGGACCUUUCAAACCGGCCAAGACCUUGAAGCAGGGCAGCGUACUGGAUCUUCUCAAGUCACCUGGUUUUGCUUCUCCUGUUGUUCAAAACUCUCCUGGCACCAACACCCCUUCCCAGCAGCCACACACCCAGCUCACAACCACUCCUUCGCCUGGCACAAGCUUCUCCUCUUCGCUACCUUCGCCAUCAGGGUUUGGUGGUCUGUCCAGUGCCUCGGCGGGCUGGAGCUGCGACGUGUGUCUGGUUGAGAACAAGCAAUCGGAAGUAAAGUGCGUUUGCUGUCGGGCCCCAAAGCCGAACUCCUCACCAAAAUCGGCGGAGAGCAAAAAAACUCCUGCCCAGAGCAGCAGCACAAGCACUGCCUCCGCCUCCACGACGACAGGAUUCAACCCGAUCUUCUCCAAGCUUGCAGGAACCUGGGAGUGCGACACGUGUCUGGUCUCGAACAAACCCGACGCAGUGAAGUGCGUGGCCUGUGAAACGGCCAAACCCGGGACGGGACUCAAGGCGUCGCUCACUUUCCCCCCCAACUUCUCAGCUGCUAAGACUGCAUCAACACCCUCAGAUCCAGUUUCCACAGGGAUCAGUGGGUUUGGAGAUAAGUUCAAAAAACCAGAGGGUGCGUGGGAAUGUGAAACAUGUUUGGUACAAAACAAGGCUGAGGACACAAAGUGUGUGGCCUGCAUGGCUUCUAAACCAGGAGCUUCGGCAGCCGUCUCUUCAGCAGCCAGCAGUGCCCCAACGUUUGCUCUGUUAGAGCAGUUCAAGAAGCCAGAAGGAUCAUGGGAAUGCGACACCUGCAUGGUUCAGAACAAAGCUGCUGAUGUUAAAUGUGUUGCUUGUCAGACAACCAAACCAGGAGCUACAGUGGAACCCAAAGCUUUUGGGUCUUUGGGCUCCUCCGCUGCUGGAGCUUCUGGGACCUCCACUUUUGGCUCUUCUACCUCUAAUCCCGGGGGUUUUAAGUUCGGCACGUCGGACAGCACAGCCGGAUCCGGAGGUUUUAAGUUUGGAACUACAGACUCGUCGUCGUCAUCUUCGUCAUCGUCAGCUGGAUUCAAAUUUGGCGCCUCGUUCGGCGGCUCCACCUCGGAGUCGUCCUCUAAAGAUACUACUGCCUCUUCAGGGUUUAACUUCGGGGGCCCCUCUGAGGGCUUCAAAUUCGGAGCCGCGUCCAACGAUGAUAAGACGUCGGACCAGCCGGCGGUGGGCGCUGGGUUGAAGUUUGGAGGCAGCAGCAAAGUAGCUUUUGGAAGUGGGUCAUCCAGCACAGAAAGUAACUCUUCUUCUAAAAGCGGCUUCACGUUUGGACUGACUAAACCGGCAGAUAAAACACCAGAAACCGCCACCACGUCUUCAUCCUCUACUACCUUGACUCCUCUCACUUCUUCACAAGGAAAUAGCGACAAAGCAGGAUCAUCAAAUGACACCACAUCCACCACCAUAGCUGCCGCUAAGGGGUCUGUGUUUGGGAGGCUAGGCGAUCCAAAUGUGGCAUCCGGCACGCCGCAGGUGAGCUCUGCAUUCGGAUCUUUACAGGCAGGUAAGGAGCCGGCCGCUCCAACGUUUGCCUUUGGAAAGCCAGAGGAGAAGAAGGAGGCGGCUCCGUCGACCUUCGUCUUUGGCGCUGUGAAAAAGGAACCGGAAGCUGCUGCUGCUCCCUCGGGAGGCGGCUUCUCCUUCAGCAAGCCGAGUGCGCCGACAGAUCAGCCGCCGCCGGCUUUCACGUUUGGCAAACAGGCAGAAAAGAGUGAAACGUCGACCUCGGAAGCCUCAAAGCCGUCUUUCAGCUUUGGACAAACUGCUGCAGAUUCCACUGCCGCUCCAAAAUCAGCCUUCUCUUUCCUGGCUAAUAACCCGCCCAGCGCCACCACCUCAUCAUCCGCCACCCCGACUCCCGCCAUGUUUGGCGCCGCCAGCAGUGGCUCUGCGCCGGCCCCGACCGCAACUUCGUCUUCAUCCUCCUCGGCCCCCAGCUCGUUUGUGUUCGGCCAGCCUCCCUCCACCACCGGCGAUGCUCCCCCUGCUAAGAACUUCAUGUUUGGACAGAAUCACGACAACCAGUCAGCGGCGCCGUCGAGCGCUCUGCUGAACGCGGCUCCGGCGCCGGCUCAGCCCUUCAUCUUUGGCGCUUCUACCAACAGUGCUGCUGCUGCUGCUGCCGCUUCUGCUCCCGCUCCCGCUGCUCCCUCUUUUUCCUUCGGAGCCGCAGCAGCAGCGCCCCCUGCUGCUUCCUCAUCAGCUCCUUCUGCAGCCCCGUCACCAUUUGUGUUCAGUUCAGCUCCUUCAGGAGGUUUCGGCGCCAACCAGAAUCCUCCUUUCUCAUCAAGUUUUGGAUCCCCUUUCCCAGCCACACCUGCCCAAACCUUUGGAACCAAACCCAACGCUGCCCCCGCGUUUGGACAGCAGAACAACUCCACACCUGUGUUUGGCUCCAGCACCAACUCCGCACCAAGUGGAGGCUUUCAGUUCGGAGGAGCCAGUGCUUUUGGAGCCUCAAAUAACUCUUCAGGCGUGUUUACGUUUGGAGCUGGAUCUGGAGCGCCUUCUGCCCCCUCCGCCAAUCCCCCCAUCGCACCCCAGCCAGGAGCAGCUGGUGGCAGUUUCAACUUUACACAAACUCCAACAUUUAACAUAGGGUCAACUAAGACGUUCACCGCCUCCCCAGCCGGACAGUCAGGGAUCGCUGGGCGCAAGAUCAAAACUGCGGUGCGCCGCAGAAAGUAGCCCUUUACGACCUUCACAAGACUGUGGACUUUACUGAGACAGGACGGUGUCCCCGGUGAAGAACGUCCAAGGUUCUCAAGGUUCUCAUCUGGACAGACUUUGGCGUUGCUUAGCACAGCUUCGUGUUUCUGGAGGAUUUCGGUCGCUCGACCGGCUGCUUGAAAGGUUUUCAAAUCCAGUUGAGAAUUAAAAGUGUGUGCGGAUUUUCCAGAUUUUACAUAGUAACAACUCCUGACUGAACUAUUACCCUGACUUAGACUACAAUCAAGCAAAGAUCCCCCCCCCCUCCCAUGUUUGAAAUUAAAAAAAAAAGAAAAAGCAGGGCAGUAAUAUCUAUAUUUUACACAUCGGCAAAUGUCUGCUAGACUUUAGGCAUGACUUUUUUUUGUAAUAAAAUUACAGAGGCAAAAACUGCAAAUUGAUCAAAAAAAAAAAAAAAA